UUUGCUCGUUGGAUUUUGCGGGUCCUCGGUGGAUUUUUCUACUUCCCUGUUUCCCUUUCCCUCGCAGAAUUCUUCUCUUUCUCUCUCUGUUUCUGUCUCUCACCAUGAAUUCGAUAACUCCCAGCUAUCUGUCUCUUUCCGCGAGAAUCUGAUAAUCCUUCGAAGCCCUACGCAUGCGAACUCAAAGCUUCUGAACGCCAAAGACAUGAGUGGGAACGAGUUUCGAUUCUUCUUGUCCUGCGACAUUAAUCUCCCCGUAACUUUUCGAGUCGAGAGGCUCGAAGGAAGCUUGCCUCCAGCUAAGUCACCUAGUUCAGAAAUUGAUUCUACCACGGAGGAGAGAAGGCCAGAGCUAUAUGUUGAGUGUGCGUUGUAUAUUGAUGGUGCUCCAUUUGGGCUUCCCAUGAGAACAAGGUUGGAAUCUGCAGGGCAGUCAUAUUGCUGGAAUGAGCUUAUCACGCUGAGUACAAAAUAUAGAGACUUAACUGCUCAAUCACAGUUAGCAUUAACAGUUCGAGAUGUUUCAUGUGGCAAAGACGAGGGGUUGAUUGGUGGGGCCACGAUUCUUCUAUUUAACAACAAGAAACAACUCAAAACAGGGAAGCAAAAGUUUAGGCUUUGGCUAGGAAAAGAAGCGGAUGGAUCAUUUCCUACAACCACCCCUGGAAAGGUUCCUAGGCCUGAGCGUGGGGAGUUGGAGCGCUUGGAAAAGCUUGUAAAUAAGUAUGAGAGGGGUCAGAUUCAACGUGUUGAUUGGCUGGACCGCCUCGCAUUUAAAGCCAUGGAGAAAAUUAAAGAACACGAAAGCUGUAGAAGUGGAAGUUCUCAUUUAUACCUGGUUGUUGAUUUCUGUGGUUUUGAGCAUCGAGUAGUUUUUCAGGAGUCAGGAGCAAACUUUUUUUUGCCAUCUCCUAUCGCUUCAACAAAUGAACUUGUUAUUGUGUGGGACCCAGAAGUGGGAAAGAUAAAUCCCUCUGAGCAUAAGCAACUUAAGUUGGCAAGGAGUUUAGCUCGUGGUAUCAUUGACAAGGAUCUUAAACCGAGCUCUAACGAAAGAAAGUCAAUACAAAGAAUACUAAAAUAUCCCCCAACUAGGACAUUGAAUGGGGAUGAGAGGCAGCUCUUGUGGAAAUUCCGUUUCUCAUUGAUGUCUGAGAAGAGAGCUCUCACAAAGUUUCUCCGAUGUGUUGAAUGGAGCGAUCUUCAGGAAGCAAAGCAGGCAUUAGAACUGAUGGGUAAGUGGGAAAUGAUUGAUGUGUGUGAUGCUUUGGAGCUUCUUUCUCCUGUUUUUGAGAGUGAAGAGGUUCGUGCAUAUGCUGUGAGUGUUCUUGAAAGAGCUGAUGAUGAAGAGCUCCAGUGUUACUUACUUCAACUGGUUCAAGCUCUUCGGUUUGAGCGCUCUGAUAAAUCUCGUCUUUCUCAUUUCCUAGUGCAACGCUCAAUACACAAUAUCGAGUUGGCCAGCUUUCUUCGAUGGUAUGUUGCUGUGGAACUUCAUGACCCUGCAUAUGCAAAGCGUUUUUAUUAUACCUAUGAGCUCCUGGAAGAAAAUAUGAAGCUUGCACCUGGAGUGAGUGGAGAGGAAGAUGGACCUAAGUUGUGGCAAAGUUUGGUGCGUCAGACUGAACUGACUGCUCAGUUGUGUUCCAUAAUGAGAGAUGUAAGAAACGUCCGUGGGGGAACCCAGAAGAAAAUUGAAAAGCUUAGACAGCUUCUUUCUGGUCUUCUUAGUGAGCUUACAUAUUUUGAGGAGCCAAUACUAUCACCACUGGCACCUAGUGUCCUUAUAGCUGGGAUUGUGCCAUCAGAGUCAUCAAUUUUUAAAAGUGCGCUGCAUCCUUUGCGCCUUACUUUUCGAACAACAACCGGUGGAAGUUGUAAGAUAAUAUUUAAGAAGGGUGAUGAUAUUCGGCAAGAUCAAUUGGUUGUUCAAAUGGUAUCUCUCAUGGACCGAUUGCUUAAGUUGGAGAACCUUGAUCUGCAUUUGACUCCGUAUAGAGUUCUAGCGACAGGGCAAGAUGAAGGAAUGUUGGAGUUCAUACCGUCCAGUUCUUUAGCACAGAUACUCUCAGAGCAUCGCAGUAUUGUAAGCUAUCUGCAGAAGUUUCAUCCUGACGAAGACGGGCCAUUUGGCAUUACAGCUACCUGUCUGGAAACAUUUAUAAAAAGUUGUGCAGGCUACUCUGUUAUCACCUAUAUACUGGGCAUUGGAGAUAGGCACCUAGACAACCUUCUCCUGAGGGAUGAUGGUCGGCUUUUCCAUGUUGAUUUCGGUUUUAUUCUAGGCCGAGAUCCUAAGCCAUUUCCACCUCCAAUGAAGCUUUGCAAAGAAAUGGUUGAAGCUAUGGGUGGAGCAGAAAGCCAAUAUUAUACCAGGUUCAAAUCCUAUUGUUGUGAAGCAUACAAUAUCCUCCGAAAGUCUAGUAAUCUAAUUUUAAAUUUGUUCCAUCUGAUGGCGGGUUCCAACAUUCCUGACAUAGCUUCUGAUCCUGAAAAGGGCAUUCUUAAGCUUCAAGAGAAAUUUCGGUUGGACUUGGACGAUGAGGCCUGCAUACAUUUUUUCCAAGAUCUUAUUAAUGAGAGUGUCAGUGCAUUGUUUCCUCAAAUGGUUGAGACUAUUCAUCGCUGGGCCCAAUAUUGGCGCUGAUCUUAGAGAUGAAAGGAGUCAUCUAUGACUGAAAAAAUAACCAGCUCUCCAGCAGCUCUUUGGAUCUUGGUGGGUGUGAAUUAAGAGUACUUGAAUCUCACAACAAGCAUCUUGUUGGCAAAUGGAUUCAACAUUAAUCAGAAAAGUCAGUGGUCGUUUCCUUGUGCAUUUUUCUUCACCAUCUCGCUUGAUUGAAUUUGAAGAAACCAGUGGUUGUAUGGGUGGAUGGUCAGUCCACUAUCCUCCUGUUGGACAUCAUACUCAACCAUCCCAAAUGAAUCCCCAAGGCCUGUUCUGCAUAUGUCCUUUAUCUUAACUCAUUUGGUGCCAAUGAUAAGACUCCUUGUGCCCUAGAUGGAGAAGGGUGCGCCAUUGCACGUAUACCCUUUAUUUUUAUUUUUAAUUUUCUUUAUCAUUGAUUAAAUCUGUGGAAGUAAUUUAUCCCGGGCUGGUAUCCGAGGAUGAACCAGGGGCUUGAGGAAUUGAAGAUGUAUAUGACUGUAAAUAUUGUGGAAAAUUUUAUUUCCGACAUCGACAUUGUGAAAAAUUUUUAUGUUAAUUUGUAUAAAUUUAUCAUUUGUUAUUUUA